AUGGCCGAGAACCCAAGAAGGAGCAGCAGCGACUCCUCCUCCUCCUCCUCCUCGGAGUUCGAGUUCUGGAUGGUUGGCAAAGAGCCGUCCAUCCCCCAGCCUCGCCUUCUCACCGCCGACGAACUCUUCGUCGACGGCGUCCUCCUCCCUCUCCACCUCCUCUCUUUCUCCCACCCCAACCCCAACUCCACCACCCAACUCCCAUCCGAACCCGAGCCCCAGACAUCACCACCUCCCCCAGACUCCUCUACUUCCACCUCCUCCUCCAAGAGAUGGAAAGAUAUCUUGAAGGCGGAGGAGAGAAAGUUGGCGGAGAGGAUGAGGAAUAAGGGGAGAAGAGACAGUAGUGCCGGUAACGCCGCGGAACUCAACAUCAACAUCUGGCCCUUCUCGAGGAGCCGCUCCGCCGGGAACGCCGGCAAUGGCAGCGGGAACAGGACCAAGGUUAUGGGGGCCCGGCGCAAGGCCUGUAGCGCGCCUUGCUCCCGGAGCAACUCCCAUGGAGAGUCCUCGAAGCCGGCUGCCACCGCCACGGCCGCCAACACCACCACCCCGUCCUCCUCCUCGAGGGGGAGGUGGCCUCCCAACCCGGGCCGGGUCCGAUUCAAUGGUGGCAUCCAGCUUGGCGGGACCAGCCCGAUCUGGCAGCUUAGGAGGAACUGCAGGCCCCCGGAACCGGAGAAGAAGACCCACGGAAGCGAUGGCGGCGAUGCGAAGAAAGGAGGUGGUGGUGGUGGAGUUAGAAUGCUGAGUUUUAACAUGAACACAUGCAUCAGGUAUCGGAAUCAGGUGAUCAGUUGCAGUGGAGAGGGUAAGGAUGGGGUGGACGCCGGCGACCGGAGCGCUCGAAGCGUUCGCGUUGGAAGCCAUGCUGGUCUGUUUAAGCUUAGCGCCAUUUUCUCCAAGAAGGUGCUUUGA